AGUUCGAGCUGGAACAGCAAGAGGAUACGAUGGAACUCCCAAAUCUUUCCUUCAUUUUGGCGACUGCGAUCUUGCUUGUUCCAGUCUGGAGUCAAGAACAGAUGUGUCCAUCAGGCUGUCACUGUACAUUUAAUGACACGAGGGUGAAGGUUGUUUGCAAGUCUAUGGAGGAAGAUCAUUUGCCUAGCUUUUCCAGUUUGGCUAACAAGCGCGUCGACAGUUUGAUAUUUGAAACGAGUCAUUUCGAUAUGUUACAGGCUGGUGCAUUCAGGGAUUUAGAUAUCGGUAUCAUUGCUUUUGUGCGUUGCCGAUUAAAAGAAGUCACUAAAUAUCUCUUUUCAGGCGUUAAAGGAGUAACCCAAGUCGUAUUCAGUGGGUGUGGCUUGAGCGUGGUUCCUGGAGAAGCCCUGAAGGUGCUAGAGCCAGGUUUGGUUCACUUGGAUUUAAGAGGAAACAACAUUCGAAAUAUAUCUUCUUCAGACCUUCCCUCCGGUUUAAAAUCGCUGCGACUUGAUGGAAACAGUUUUCUUCGACUAUCUCAGAGCAGUUUCUCAGCUGUUGGAGACUCGCUGGAAACCCUUUAUUUGGAUGCGAUGGGGCUGGACGAAAUACCAACCGAUGCACUCCAACCUCUUGGAAAAUUGCGCAAAUUGAACAUAGAGAGAAACCAGUUGACUGAAAUCACUGCAGAAUCUCUACGAGGUAUCCGUACCUCCAGUAAAACAUUGACUCUGAAGUUAGGCUUCAAUCAGAUCGGAAAAAUCAGCGAAAGUGCUUUUGAUGGACUUUUAAGUGGUAAUAGUAGACUAUGGAUAAAUGUGGGACUCAUUGGUAAUCGAAUCAGCGAUCUUAAUUUUGUCGAAGGACUUGGUUGCAAACUGCGUCGUGUAAGGUUUUAUCUUCCAAACAACACUCUGGAAUGUGAUUGUCACGUCUACAACAUCACAAAAGCCAUUCCUAGUUUGAUAUCUAGCAAUACAAUGUGCGCCAGACCACCUAUGUUCAAGGACAUGCGACUGGGACCUUGGAUGCCCAAAGAUACCGAUGGCGUUCAUUUCAUCGAUGGAGGUCGAUCACAAUGUGGAACAGGCAAUGAGACAGAGUCAAAAAUGUAUGACUGUGAUUGCGACCUUUGGAUCGACUCCUCACAGUUUGAUCGCAUGGCAGGAAAGUGUAAAACAAGUUUUGCUCUGCCUCAUUUUAGUCAAUCUGUAUUGGUGUUGUUCUUGCUGUCUGUUAUGGCAUAUGUCAUAGCAUAGAUUUAUGAAACCAAGAGGCUGUAUAUGAAGGAUUUAGGGGGGAAGUAUGCGGUUCUUUAAAGGUUACCAUAGGUUUUGGAGUUUACUCACACUGUCCUCUAUUCCAGGAGCCUGCAUCUAUGUUGGCCUACACUAUAUUUCUGAAAACCGCAUUCCAUAACCCUUCAUUUACCAUUCUUUUGUAUUAUUCAGCUUAUUUUAUAAGAUUUUUGUUCCGAUUUUCAUGGACUAUUGCUGAAUUUAACAAAAACACCAUUCUGUGAUUUCUCUGACAGUUUCUGCAACACUUUUCCAGUGGACAGGGACAGUGGUUUAUUAUGGUAACAUAGAAUCAUAUGGUAACAUAUUAUGGAACUCCGUCCAAUCACUUUUGCCGCUUAAAUCACACUUGAUUUUGCAUGCUCCAUUUUACUCAAAAUAUCGUGGUUUUCUGUAACUUCUGAUCUAAUUUCUGUUUUAACUUUUGUUUAGAUCUAAACUUACAUAAUGUCUUAUUGUUGAAGACCAAUUAAUCAUUUAAAACAUUUAACUUUCAACUUUUGUAUAUAUAAAUAUCUAUACCAAUACCUAUAUUUAUGUGUAUACGAAACGAGUUAAGGAUGACAGAGUCUGCACUUAUAAAGUGAGGGGUGGAACUAAGCUGGACGUCACGAACAUUUUAAAGGACAAAAAUGGGUCAACAUGUGUAGAAACCGUUUAGGAGUCAAAUAAUCUUAAUAUGCUAUCUUUAAGUUUGCAAGUCGGAUUUCCCAAUGUCCCCUAUACUUAAAACAAGAUCAAACUGAAGGCUUGUCACGAAUCUUGUAUGUUACAAA